GCAGAACGAAAGGGAUCUCCGGUCCCCAGGCCCCGGCUCCUCCCCUUCCGAUUCCAAUCUGGUCUCGCCGGGCCUGGCGGCGAGGGAGAGAUGGGGAAGAACCAGGCGUACAAGGCGAUGCAGCGGGCGCGGUUGGGGUCCUCGUCCGGCGCGCCGGGCGCCGCCGACGCCCCCGAAGACGGCAUGACGGACGGUUCAUUCCAUUCUCCAGAGUGGCAUGCGGCGCGCCUGGCCAGCCUUAACAAGACGCACACCCUCACCUGGGAGGAGUUCAAGAAGAAGCAGAAGGAAGAGGAACUGAAAAGGGGCGAGCUGGAGGCUGACAAAGACAAAAUGAUGAGAGAGUAUAGAGCUCAACUGGAUGCUGAAAGAGCUCAAAAGCUAGCAAACGGAAGAAAUCACUCAAGGUCAAACUCAAAAUCAUCAUCUUCCAAGAAAGAGAGGAAGGAUAAGGACGCAAAGAAAAGAAGUAAAAAGAGGAGAAAGCACAAAAGUUCAUCAGAGUCAAGUUCCAGCUCAUCUUCAGAAUCUUCAAGCAGCGACGAUGAGGAUAGGGGUUCAAGGAAGUCCAGAUCACGGUCGAGAUCAAAGAGAACAAGGAAGGAAAAGAAGAGCCGGUCAAGGUCCAAGCGCAGAGGCAGUGAAAGCGAGGAGGAAGGCCCGGUACGCCUCUCUAAAUUCUUCGGGAAGUAAGGAGUAGACGCCGCUGUACCCAAGACGCCUUUUUCAUUUUGAAACGUAGAUUGGUGGGUUUGGAUGUAUCAUUCAACACAAAUUACUUCUGAAGGUUGAGCGAGCCGUUUACCAUGGUGUUCUCAAUAUGAUGCUCAGCUGUUAAGAGGGUCUGGUCAAGUUGUGUGGCUUCUAAAAACUUUGUAAGCAACUGGUAAGUCAUUGUUAAAUCGCUGUACCUUGGAGGAUUUGAUGCCAUAUAUUUGAGACAUUGAACUGCUAUAUUUAUGUUAAGACUUUACAU